AAGAGGUUAUGUUUCUUCGACAAUAAAAUACAUAACAAAUUCUUGAGAAAUUAGGAAACAUAAAAACUGUAACUAUGUUAAGCGCGAUUAGAAAUACGUUGCGGGUCCCCUUGAUAAACGCGGCGCGUAUGUUCCAAACUUCUGCUCCGCUAGACACGGAGAAAUUUGACCACAAACGGAUACCAGCCACCGAUGAAGGAGUUCAAGGAGAGAAGAUCGUGGAUUUGGAUGCUGUGCUCAAGCAAAAGCAGAAUCUAUUCCCAACGCUAGAAUCCGACGACCACCUAUUUGACGGCACACCGUACAAACAGUUGCCGAUCUGCAACAUCCGUGUCAGCCACAACAACACCAUCGUCACCAUGACUGAUCACACCGGGGUCGUGAAGAUCAUCAAGUCCUGCGGCAUGGAGGGGUUCAAGAACACUAAGAAGGGGACCAAUAUUGCUGCGCAGACAACUGCUAUUAGUUUAGCUUCAAAAGCAAUUGACAGAGGCUACAAGACAAUCAGAGUGAAAGUGAGAGGCCUGGGACCUGGCAGAUUAGCUGCUGUAAAGGGUCUGCAGAUGGGAGGCCUACAGAUUGCCUCCAUCACGGACGCCACCCCCGUCUCGUGGAACCCCCCGCGCCCGAGGAAGGCCAGGCGACUGUAAUACAGCAUUUACCUUAGAUUACCCUGUAGUAUACUGAAUAUAUUGGUUAUUUAAAAUAAAAUUCUUUAUUAAAAA